AUGGGUGGAUACAGGACGUAUCAAGCCAAGCAGUCUGGACAGCCGAUACAGUUUUGGAUUGAGGAGGUUGACUUACUGGUGCAUUCACACUAUGAAGGGGCAACAGACUCAGUCAUACACACACGGAAUUAUCGAUCACCUCGUUGUCUCUGUUCGUUUCGCUGCUACUGGGCUGCUGGGCCUAACGUCUCUGGCUGUUGUGCGGGUGCGUAUGUGCCGGCUGGAGAAGAAUUUGUAUGA